AUGGGCGAUUACGACAGGAUCCACAGAAUGUGUCAAAAACGUGGGGAAUUAUGGGAGGAUCCCGAUUUCCCUGCCACCCAGUCGUCAGUGUUUUACCACCAAAAGCCACCAUUCCAAUUCGUGUGGAAAAGACCCAAGGAGAUAUGUAAUAGACCGGUUUUCGUCAGUGAUUCCACGUCUCAAUUUGAUAUCAGUCCAGGAAAAAUGGGUGAUAAAUGGCUCGUAUCUUGUCUGGGAGUGCUGUACCUUUGUAAAGGUUUGUUUUAUCGCGUGGUGCCGGCCGACCAGUCGCUUUCCAGCGAAAAGGAGUACAGCGGCGUUUUCCGGUUUCGUUUGUGGUGGUGUGGCGAAUGGAUGGAAGUGUUGGUCGACGACAGACUUCCAACCGUUAACAACCGGCUGGCGUUUUUGCAAUCUACACAUACCGAUCAGUUUUGGCCGGGACUGCUGGAAAAAGCGUACGCCAAAUUACAUGGUUCGUAUGAAGCUCUCAAGUAUGGUACUCUUCUGGAUGGACUCGCUGAUCUGACUGGAGGAAUCACAGAAAGCAUUAAUAUCCGACAAGACCAAACCACUUGCGGUAGAAUGAUUGGGAAAAUGUUGGACAUGACAUCUAUUGUCACAUGCACAGUACAACCGGUCUCACCUCAGGCAAAUAAAAGCGUACCAGAAAAACUAACAAACGGCAUUCAGAUCGGAAUCAAUUACAGGCUGUGCACCGUGGAAAGGUUGGAAACGUACAAAAACGAGCCAAUACAAUUGUUCAAAUUGCGACAGCCCGGCGGUACCGGCUCCGAGUAUAACGGUCCGUGGUCCAGGGAUUCUGACGAUUGGGACAAUGUUCCUCACAAAGAAAAAGAACGCAUAAACGCCAUUCAUCUGAUGGAAGGAGAAUUUUGGAUGAAUUACAACGAAUUCGUGAAGACGUUUACGCACGUUGAAAUGGUACACUUGGACAGUGACACCAGUCGAGACGAACCGUCUCUGCAUCACAAAAGGACGUGGCAAAUGCGUCUUCAUCAGGGUACUUGGCAAAGAGGUGUGACGGCCGGAGGAUGUCGAAAUAAUCCAGAAACUUUUCACAUUAACCCACAACUUCAUUUAAUCUUGAGCGAAAUGGAAGAAGUAGUAAUUUCAUUGAACCAACACAGCAUUAUGGAACCUAAAGUGAUCGGUUUCACGUCGUACUCGUUACCAAAAGCGUGUAUGGACUCGACGGGCAAAGAUUUCUUCAAAAAAAACAAAUCCCUAGUUAACUCGCAAUACACGAACAGCAGACAAGUAAGUCACCGAUGCUUUUUGGACCAGGGUGGUUAUUUGAUAAUACCUACCACGUUUGAACCGGGUCAAGAAUCGGGAUUCACGUUGAGAGUGUAUUCGAGCAAACCAUUAAAACUCAAAUUACUUGACACUGUUCCCUCGCUAUUGAAAUCAGCAAUAAUGAAGGCACCAGUAAAUUUGGAUGGUAAGACGUUUGUCCAAUACGAAUCAGUGUUCCUACAGUUGGCCGACGAGCACAGGACAGUAAAUGCAUUCGAACUCCAAGAGCUCCUAGACGCUUGUCUGCCAAAUGAUUAUAUAAAGAGUUGUGCUAGCAUGGAAGUCUGCCGGCAAGUAGUCAUCACGCUAGAUAGCUCGGGCAGCGGACGACUGAAGUUCAACGACUUCAAGGACCUGAUGUGCAGCCUCAAGUAUUGGCAGACGGUGUUCAAGAAUCACUCGAAAGACAAGACUGGCAUUCUGAAAGCCGAACGGCUAAAGGACGCGCUGCUCGAGGUGGGCUUCCAGGUGAACACCGAAGUGUUGUCGAUCCUCAUACUCAGGUACAUGAGGAAGGACGGCACCUUGAGGUUCGGCGAUUUCGUUUCCGCCAUCCUGCACCUGAGCAUCGCGUUCAAUCUGUUCGAGUCGAAGGAUCCACUCCUCAACGGUAACAUCAAGCUAAAUCUUGCCGAAUGGCUCAAAUCCGCGUUCGUGUGCUGA